AUGACGCUGGAGUGAAGAGGAAAGGAACUGAUGUUCCCAAGUGGAUCAGCAUCAUGGCCGAGCGGAGCGUGUGCCACCUGCAGAAAGUAUUUGAUAGGUACAAGAGCUACAGCCCUUAUGACAUGUUGGAGAGCAUCAGGAAAGAGGUUAAAGGAGACCUGGAAAAUGCCUUCCUGAACCUGGUCCAGUGCAUUCAGAACAAGCCCCUGUAUUUUGCUGAUCGGCUGUACGACUCCAUGAAGGGCAAGGGGACACGAGAUAAGGUCCUGAUCAGAAUCAUGGUCUCCCGCAGUGAAGUGGACAUGUUGAAAAUUAGGUCUGAAUUCAAGAGAAAGUAUGGCAAGUCCCUGUAUUAUUACAUCCAGCAAGACACUAAGGGUGACUACCAGAAAGCGCUGCUGUACCUGUGUGGUGGAGAUGACUGAAGCCCGGCGCGGUGUGAGCAUCCAGGAAUGGUGCUCCCUACGCUUCCAGCUAACAGGUCUAGAAAACCACCUUGCGACUAACAGUCCCUAUCGCCGGCCCUGUGAGGAUGACCUUAACACUACCCUCACCCUCAUUCUAGUUGCCUAAGCAUUGCCUGGCUUUCCUGUCUAAUCUCUCCUGUAAGCCAAAGAAAUGAACAUUCCAAGGAGUUGGAAGUGAAAUCUGUGAUGUGAAACACUUUGCCUCCUGUGUACUGUGUCGUAAACAGUUGAAUAAACUGAAUUUGUACUUUAGAAACAA